AGAAUCAGAGAAUACGCUCAGAUCAGAGAAGCUUCUGUUUGGAGAGCGUCAAGACUGGGCAAGGCACAGGGAAUAAGGACGGGUGCAUGCUCCUCUCCAAGUGGGGAAUGUGUUUCAGUCUCAAAAGGCUCAAGGAGCAUCACAGAUGAGGAGGAGGGAAAGACACAGGAGCCAGACAAUGGGGACGAGUAUUGUCAAAUGCUGUCUUCUGGGCAUGGCUUGAUGAUUGGAUUCACUAACUCUCAAUAGCUGUGGUCACCUGCAGAAGAUGAAGCCAGUUAACAUCCCAUAUGGAGAGAGCUUCUGGAAGGAAGAGCCAGUUUGUAAGGCACAAUGCCGUCUGAGAUGUAAAGAGGCAAGCCUGUAGCCAGCUAUCUCUAAACAAGCUUUGAAAUGCAUUCUAGCAUCCGGAGCCAGAUCUUUGGCAAGGCAACUGUUAAUGUUCUGUGGUUUUUUCCUCCCUGGGAUCAAUGUGACGUCACCAGUGUAAUUUGAGUCCCGAGCUUUGUUCACACUUUAAAUAGCCGUCCUGGGACGAUUUUUACAACAGACUCCCCUGGAAGUGCCCAAGCUGAGCAGUGGAAGACCCACAUCGAUGAAAGCCAAGCCAAACCACCAAGCCACCAGCAUGUCCUCGUCUCUUCGAGUAAGCCCGUCCAUCCACGGCUACCACUUCGACACAGCUGCUCGCAAGAAAGCUGUGGGCAACAUCUUUGAGAACAUAGACCAGGAGUCCCUGCAGAGGCUCUUCAGGAACUCCGGAGACAAGAAGGCAGAGGAGCGGGCCAAGAUCAUUUUUGCCAUCGACCAAGAUUUGGAGGAGAAAACUCGAGCCCUCAUGGCCCUGAAGAAGAGGACAAAAGACAAGCUUCUUCAGUUUCUCAAACUGCGGAAAUAUUCCAUCAAGGUACACUGAGCAUAGCAGGCUGGGUAAGAGCGUAUCCACCGAUGGACCUUUAAAGACCCAGUGAGCCUGCCAGCUCUGGCACGGGCAGUGUCCCGCGAAAAGGCUUGAGAGCUUCCUCCGACAGGACCCCGAGGAUGGAAAGGGACAAACAUAACUCACCAGCUACACAGACUUGCAACUCAUUGCAGCCCUGAGCUGUCCCACUGGGAGCCAAGUGCCUUCAGCAGGCGUUGAGAACUCUCACAGCAGGAAAGGACAUAGCCUGAGAGGAUGGAGGCACUGACCAGAACACUGUGUUUGUGGGGACUGAGUGCACGCACCCAGGGCCCUUGGCAAGGCCCUAAGACUAAACUCAAACCUAACUUGGUUUUUGUUCUUGUUGUUCGGUUUAUUAUUUUGUUUUCUAUUUUCUUUUCUUUUCUUUCUUCUUUCUUUUUUUUUUUAAAUAUUGAAGUGGGGAGGGAGAGGGAGGGAAGAGAAGGAAUAUGAAGCAUAAGUGGUUUACUGAAGUUUUGUGUGUGUGUGUGUUUUAAAUCUGAAUGUUUAAAAAUGUGGCUAAAUCUCCGUGCUGUUUAUUGGUCAAGAUUUUUAGAGAUCAGUAAUUGUCUGCUUGCAUUGAAUACAAUGCCUAAGACAGUGCACCCCCUGGUGUUAAAGUCAAAGAACUGGAUGCCUUGCCCAGCCCAGUAAAAACCCACAACAUGGGCUAUGUUUCUACGGGAUUUGUACACAUUUCAAAAUGGUUUGCACAAAGCUGAAAUAAUGGGGCCCUUCAUAAAUCUGAAGGACUGUGAACAGCUUUCUAAUGUGCUUUUUAAAACUCUCUGACUAAUGCUAAAAUAUAAUUGAAUUAAAUGUCCUCCAGACACUGUAGUGAGCAUUAUGAAAUGAAUAUGGGAGAUUUUAGAAGGAUGCCGUGGUUUUUUUUUAAUUAUUUAUUAUGCAUUGUAAGUGAUACAUAGCCCUAAUAAAUUAUUAUCAACUUA